UCCCUCUGACACUGGUGACAGGGCAGGGGAGAGAGGAAGGCUGUCAGUUCUAGCCUACAGAGACAGUGAAACAGUAGACAUCCCCUUAUGCAUUUUUAACAGCUCAGCAGGUGAUGGGAACAGCUUGGUUGGGACAGUUUGUCCACAGAUAGAGUGACCAACUGAUCAGGUGAGUCCAUACCCCUCUGUUUAUUUGCUAAUGCUACAAUAUUUGUCAGAUGUUAUUUGCAAACAAACAGAUUUUUUACAUUUUGGCUGCAGAAAAACAGCAAUUGAAGUGUAGAUUUAACUUUGAUAACAUCUCAGAACAUUAACUGAGAGACUGCCGUGAUCUGUUUUAUAAGUUACAUACUUUGCUCUUUAAUUAAUGAACACUUUAGUUGUGGUCUCAAAAAAAAAAAAAAUCUCUUUGUGUAAAUGUGUGCCCUGAAGAUGGAUUCACUGAGGUCUCUGUCAGACCUUGACUUUCCAAGGUGUCCUGUAGGCUGUAAUUACAGAGAAUUGUGAGUCAAAGUGGAUCAACCCGAUCUAUUCAAGAUAAGGAUUUAACCUAGGGUGAUGCUCAUUGACAAAGUUAUCCUGUUUGUUUUCCCCCUCAGCUGCGAAUGACAUUCUUUCUUGUUUUACUGGAAAGAAAGGACAAUACUCUAUCGCCUGCUUCUUCAUCUGAAACGGACACGUCUGUCAGACAGCUUAUGAAACGCCAUCAUAUUCUGCUCACCUUUGACGCUGCAUGUGAAAAAACUGAGGUGGUGCAACCUACUGACUCUGAGUCUACAAACCGCCCAGCUUUCUGUGGGAAGACCCUCUAUCUGUCUCAGGAUCCCUUUUGGUAGACACUUCAGAGGUUAACCAGUAAAACACAAUGCCUGGAGCCAGUGGCGUCAAUGUGGAGGGCUCCUGUGAGGCCCUAUGUCGGACCUUAGUGUCUCAGAACGGCCUCCAGAGAGAGACGGCUGACAUCUCCCAGUCUGUGCUCUACACCUCUCUGAUGGGCCUGCUUCUGGUGGCUGACAACGAGAAAGAUGACCUCACCUUAGGAAGUGGAAGGGUUGGCCUUAGAAACAUAGGAAAUACAUGUUUCCUGAAUGCAAUAGUACAAUGUUUGUCUCACACACGUGGCCUACGAGACUACUGCCUUAUGAAGCCCUACAGGCAGGAGAAGUUCUCUAAAGAGGAAGCUAAGCUUAUGGAAGCUUUUUCUCAGGUGCUGUCGGGCCUUUGGGAUGAAAACGAAGGCGACACAGUUGUAAAUCCACGCCAAUUUUACAAUCUUUUUAAAGAGGCAGUGCCAUACUUCAGUGGUUACAGUCAGCAGGAUGCACAGGAGUUUCUCAGAUUCCUCCUGGACAAGCUGCACACAGAAAUCAACCGCAGACCCUAUGGUCGACGAACAGGGAAGGAGCCUGAACAAAAAUAUGCCAGAUUUAGGAUUUCAGAAGAGGCCGCUGCCAUGUGGAAGAAGCACUUAGAGAGAGAUGACAGCAGAAUAAUGGACCUGUUCUCAGGCCAGCUGCGGAGCUCGUUGCAUUGCUCAGUGUGCUCCCAUUACUCCAACACGUUCGAUGUGUUCUGUGAUCUGUCGCUACCCAUCCCCAAGAGGAGCUCUGCAGGGGAGGUCACGCUGAGGGAGUGUCUGAACCUCUUCUCUCAGGAGGAGAAACUGGACAAGGAGAAUUCACCAAUGUGUGAGAGGUGUAACAGGCAUACAGAGUGCACCAAGCGGCUGUCCAUCCAGAGGUUUCCCCAGGUUAUUGUGAUCCAUCUGAAUCGUUUCACAACAUCACGAUGGUCUAUCAGUAAAAGCACAGUGUAUGUGUCCUUCCCUCUCACUGACCUGGACCUCGGACCUUAUGGACCCAUCGAUUGUGGCCCAGUUCUGUAUGACUUAUAUGCAAUAUGUAAUCACGCUGGGACUGUGAACAUGGGCCACUACACAGCUUGCUGUUUAGAUGAAAAUGGUUGGUGUUUCUACAAUGAUUCCAGUGUGACUCCAGUCUCAGAGAACCAGCUUCAGACCAAUCAAGCCUAUGUGCUGUUCUAUCAGCGCAGCAACAGCACCACCACCACCAACGUCAGGAAAUAGAUCUGAGACUGGCUGAGCCAAUCAGAGCAGCUUUACCUACAGUGACCAUAGAAACAAAUGGAAGCAGCACUGCUGUAACUCUGGCAUCUAUGAACUUCUCAAAGAGCUCAAAUAAACUUUGGGGAGAGGCCAAACUCACUUUCAGGGGGCUUGAAGAGGCGAUCUCCCCUCCUAAAUCAAAGAGAUGCUUUUGAAGAGUCUUUGUAUGAGGGCUGAGACAGCUCAAACAGACUGUAGCCUUAAAGAGACCUUAGGCAGGAGUGAGUGGUGUGCUUAAAUGUAAGAUAAUUGUGUUUGCUAACAGUUGUUAACAAACCCUCAGUUGUGACAUAGAACUUAUUCAAAUUCUAUGACUACAUUUUAAGCUUAAAAGUUUUAAUUUAAGACGUAAUUACCUGUAGCCUACUGUCUUUUUAUCUGUCUCCUCCCCAUGAUCAGUCAAUAUUAAAAUGGGCUAUAUUUUCCUUGCAUUAUAAUUUCUAUGCAUAUACAUAUUCAUAUGUAUAUAUAUAUAUAUAUAUAUUUUUUUUGUAUUUGUGUCCACUCCUAUUGUACAUAUGGACUAUUGAAUGUAUUGCGUUAUUGAUACUUGAAGCAGUCAAUAA